AUGUCAGAGGCAACCACCAAAGCAUGUACCGAAGCCCUUCUCGCCAGCCGGAUCAGCCGAUUCGGAGUCCCUGAUGAUAUCAUGAUGGACCGUGGACCUGUUUUCCCAUCGGAGUUGUGGACCGCCCUGGCCCGCCUGAUGGGGACAUCACUACACGCCACCACUGCCUACAACGCGGCGGCUAACAGCAUGGUGGAAAGGGUCCACCGAUCGCUCAAGGCUUCUCUAAUGGUGCGCUGCACCAGCGAGGACUGGAAGAGCCAACUACUGUGGGUCCUCCUUGGCCUCCGGACCGCCCCUCGGGUGAACGGCGAAGCAUCACCUGCGGAGAAGGUCUACGGGGAACCAUUGGCAGUCCCAGGCGAAUUCUUCCCGACCAACGCCAACGAUGCAGACGUCUCCAUCGCCAGACUUCGGGAAUCCGCCAGUAAAUUCACGCACUGCAUCAAGACCUUCUCCAACAGAACCAAACACUUCCUCCCGAAGGCACUAUCUUCCUGCAAACACGUCUUCAUCACGGACGACGCCCGCCGCCCGCCACUGACGAGACCCUACCGAGGCCCCUUCCGCGUCCUCCAACAAACCGACAAGGCAUACGUGAGGAUUGGGUCACGAUCGACCGACUGA